AUGAUCGGUGAUGGAUGCAGUGAACUAUAUGAAGUCUUCAAGGCUAUUCAGCCUCAGGCUACACUCGUUCCAGCCAACAACUUGGGCUUGGUCGGCCUAAGAACAGCCAUCCCAGGCCUAAGAACAGCCAUCCCAGGCCCAAGAACAGCCAUCCCAGGCCCAAGAACAGCCAUCCCAGGCCCAAGAACAGCCAUCCCAGGCCCAAGAACAGCCAUCCCAGGCCCAAGAACAGCCAUCCCAGGCCCAAGAACAGCCAUCCCAGGCCCAAGAACAGCCAUCCCAGGCCCAAGAACAGCCAUCUCAGGCCCAAGAACAGCCAUCCCAGGCCCAAGAACAGCCACCCCAGCCCCAGAACAGCCAUCCCAGGCCCAAGAACAGCCAUCCCAGGCCCAAGAACAGCCAUCCCAGGCCCAAGAACAGCCAGGCCCAGGCCCAAGAACAGCCACCCAGCCAUCCCAGGCCAGCCCCCAGGCCCAAGAACAGCCAUCCCAGGCCCAAUCCCAGAAGGCCAAAGAACAGCCAUCCCAGGCCCAAGAACAGCCAUCCCAGGCCCAAGAACAGCCAUCCCAGGCCCAAGAACAGCCAUCCCAGGCCCAAGAACAGCCAUCCCAGGCCCAAGAACAGCCAUCCCAGGCCCAAGAACAGCCAUCCCAGGCCCAAGAACAGCCAUCCCAGGCCCAAGAACAGCCAUCCCAGGCCCAAGAACAGCCAUCCCAGGCCAAAGAACAGCCAUCCCAGGCCCAAGAACAGCCAUCCCAGGCCCAAGAACAGCCAUCCCAGGCCCAAGAACAGCCAUCCCAGGCCCAAGAACAGCCAUCCCAGGCCCAAGAACAGCCAUCCCAGGCCCAAGAACAGCCAUCCCAGGCCCAAGAACAGCCAUCCCAGCCCCAAGAACAGCCAUCCCAGGCCAAAGAACAGCCACCCCAGGCCCAAGAACAGCCAUCCCAGGCCCAAGAACAGCCACCCCAGGCCCAAGAACAGCCACCCCAGGCCCAAGAACAGCCAUCCCAGGCCCAAGAACAGCCAUCCCAGGCCCAAGAACAGCCAUCCCAGGCCCAAGAACAGCCAUCCCAGGCCCAAGAACAGCCACCCCAGCCCCAAGAACAGCCAUCCCAGGCCAAAGAACAGCCACCCCAGGCUCAAGAACAGCCACCCCAGGCCCAAGAACAGCCAUCCCAGGCCCAAGAACAGCCAUCCCAGGCCCAAGAACAGCCAUCCCAGCCCCAAGAACAGCCAUCCCAGGCCAAAGAACAGCCAUCCCAGGCCCCAGAACAGCCACCCCAGGCCCAAGAACAGCCAUCCCAGCCCCAAGAACAGCCAUCCCAGGCCCAUGAACAGCCAUCCCAGGCCCAAGAACAGCCAUCCCAGCCCCAAGAACAGCCACCCCAGGCCCAAGAACAGCCACCCCAGGCCCAAGAACAGCCAUCCCAGCCCCAAGAACAGCCAUCCCAGGCCAAAGAACAGCCAUCCCAGGCCCAAGAACAGCCACCCCAGGCCCAAGAACAGCCAUCCCAGCCCCAAGAACAGCCAUCCCAGCCCCAAGAACAGCCACCCCAGGCCCAAGAACAGCCACCCCAGGCCCAAGAACAGCCAUCCCAGGCCCAAGAACAGCCACCCCAGGCCCAAGAACAGCCAUCCCAGGCCCAAGAACAGCCAUCCCAGCCCCAAGAACAGCCACCCCAGGCCCAAGAACAGCCUCCCCAGGCCCAAGAACAGCCAUCCCAGCCCAAGAACAGCCAUCCCAGGCCCAAGAACAGCCACCCCAGGCCCAAGAACAGCCACCCCAGGCCCAAGAACAACCAUCCCAGGCCCAAGAACAGCCAUCCCAGGCCCAAGAACAGCCAUCCCAGGCCCAAGAACAGCCAUCCCAGGCCAAAGAACAGCCACCCCAGCCCCAAGAACAGCCACCCCAGGCCUAAGAACUGCCAUCCCAGGCCCAAGAACAGCCAUCCCAGGCCCAAGAAUAACAACAGACUGGAGGAUCCCUCAAGAAGACACACUCAGUAA